UAACCCCCCUCCUUAUGUUUCACCCCCUCAACAUAACCAGCUCGACAUAAGCGAGUAUUAGUACAUAGUUGCUAAUCCCUGGGGGCGGAUUCUGAGAAGGGCCGGAAGUUAAGGCCCGCGCGCUGCCUUAACUUCACUAAGGCGCCGUUGGCUACGGCCGCGCUACGGCGCCGUAUCUCGGUAUUCCUUUCACAUACUCAAAACUUUUUAAGGCCGCCGUAAGGGGACCUUAGGGCGCGCGCUGCUGCAAGGCGGCCGCCUCUCGGUGGCCAAUCAGGGGCAAGUUCUAGUCGGCAAAUAGGAAGCGUCGACCAAUCGCGGGAUGUAAACACAAAUUAGCUGUUGUGCGAACGUUCCCGCGGUGCCCACCCUCUCACGACAAUGGAGCCUCUCUCCUCACCCCCUACCUUGCCCCCUACGAAGAAAAGGAGGCCGAACUUUUCGGAAGAGGAGCUACUAAUGCUAAUAGCACUGACACAAACCUAACCUACCUUUGUUCAUAACCUCAGACAUUCAGACUAUGCUAUAUUGUAUAUGCAAGCUAUAACACCAUUUUUGUGAAAAGUUACCUUUAACAUUUAUCAGCACUAUGGUAUAUAUACAACACUUGCAACACAGUGAUGUCCCUGCUCACCAACGCGCGCGUGCAAGAUAUUACGUUGCGAAGGAUGGGGGGUGGAUCCCUAAGUUUGUAGGCUUUAGGAAGGCAAAUGUGAGGAAAUGGUGUCGUGCGCGUAAACUGCAUGCAUAUUUACCCCGUCUUCAAUUGUGAUGCUGUCUAUAAAGUAUGAGUGCAUAGGAACAUGGCAACAUACCUAUCUACUUACUAGUUCUUUGCAACUCAACAUAAAAAAAUGUAUCAUUGCAAGAGGCAAUGCGAAGCCUUCUCACAAGUUUUCACCAAACUUCCUAGUUACUGUAUUACUAAACAUCUUAUUGGUAGUUCAUUCACUUCUUACAGUUGUAUAAGUAGUAGAGCUACGUAAACAUCGUUUAUAUGCAUUUCAUACUUGUAUGAAGGCUGUAUGUUCCACUCGUAGCAGCGAAGGCGUGCAGGGAGAGGAGGCCGUAACUCACUUAGGGCGGCCCACACCCGCCUUAACCUGCGGCGCCGUAACUCUCCUCAAAAUGGCCGCGCCGGUGUUUUGAGUAUACCAGCGGAAGCGCUACGGCCGGACUUGCGGCGCCUUAAGCAGAUACGACGCCGUAACUUCGUUUCAGAAUCCGCCCCAGGGGGCGGAUUCUGAGAAGGGCCGUAAGUUAAGGCCCGCGCGCUGCCUUAACUUCACUAAGGCGCCGUUGGCUACGGCCGCGCUACGGCGCCGUAUCUCUGCAUUCUUUUCCCAUACUCAAAACUUUUUAAGGCCGCCGUAACGGGGCCUUAGGGCGCGCGCCGCUCCAAGGCGGCCGCGUCUCAGUGGCCAAUCAGGGGCAAGUUCUAGUCGGCAAAUAGGAAGCGUCGACCAAUCGCGGGAUAUAAACACUAAUCAGCUGUUGUGCGAACGUGACCCGCCGCACCCAACCUCAGUCUCUCUCACGAGUCACGGGUCACGGACGAUAAUGGAACCUCUCUCCUCACCCCCUACCAAGAAAAGGAGGCCGAACUUUUCGGAAGACGAGCUCUUAAUGCUGUUAGCAGAGGUCUCCAAAAGGAAGGCACUGUUACUUGGGCCCCUUACAAACAGUGUAACGUUAAGAUCAAAGGACCGAGCGUGGGAGACCGUUGCAGUAGCAGUAGGUGGCGUGGGGAGGGUUAAGAGAGAGAAGGGUGAGGUGAGAAAGAAGUUCAAGGACUUCAGGUCUGAGGUGAAGAAGAAGGCAGCCAAGAUCAACAAGGAGAGGAAAAAAACAGGUGGUGGCUCACUGGAUGUUAAUGACCAGUUGAAAGCCAGCGAAGAAGCGAUGUGGUCUCUCCUUGAGCUUGAGGCCAUCGAUGGACUCGCUAAUAUUGAGGAUAGCGAAGAAUUGUCAUCAAUGGCUUCAGCAACCAUUGAGAAUGAAGAGCCAGCACCUCCCAGAACAACUAGUGUGGCAGCAUGUAAACCUCCGACGCCUCAUCCCCUCGCAGGAACCUCCCCCAAGAGGGUGGCCAUGGCUGAGUUGUAUCCAGUAUCUAGGGAUGCAAACAUAUUCCUGGAGCCUGCUACUGGUCCUUCAGCCAUCCGAGAAGUGACAGUUACAUCUGUAUCCCAAGACACAAAUCAUGUUCCUAAUGAACAUGAUUACCACAGGGAGGAGCCAAACUCUUCAAACAGCACUCCGAGACGAGGCCAGUCCGGUAGCCGUGGAUCAACCCGUGGCCAUGAGGAGACAGCAAGCCUCCAAAGAGUUAUUAAUGUUCAAAAUAAUACACAAGAGAUGCUAGAUAGACACCUUACAAGAAUAGGUGACAACCUUACCAGAAUAGGUGACCUACUAGAAAAAAUAGUUCAAGGCUUGACAGGCUAGAAACUGCUAUCCUGGGGCACAGAUAUUACCUUUAUUACCUUUCUUAUUAAAGUCAGUAGCUAUUUUAGAUCCUAAAAGUGCAAUAUAUAGUCACACAAUGCUGUGAUAAGGCAGUGACAACGUGGAUGCAGGACUUCUCUCCGUCCCACUGCACCACAGAGGCGCUGCUCUACUGUGAUAAGAGUAAAUAUAUUUAUGAUACAAAUAAAUGUGAUAUAUAUAAAAGCUUCUAGUUCAAAUGCUAUAGUUGAAAGUUUAUUUUUUUG